AUGACUCCGAAAAGUGCUGCUUUGGUGGACGAUCUUGUGUCCAUUCUCAAAUCCGUUCAAACAAAACGGUCAGCAAAGGGUUUCUUGAAAAAGCUGUUUCCACAACCAAAUGAAGAUGCCACGCCGUCAUCUACACAUCAAGCACCGCCUGUACGCCUUGCAGUGACAAAACUUGCCGGUGUGGAAACGAUUGCCGAUGACACGCUUUUUGGCAUUGGCAAAACAAUCCAACGCAUGUCUCGAUUGGGAAUGCAAUCUAUCAUUGUUCCAUCGAUGUCAACACCCACGGGCUUGUCGGCGUGUUUUGCGAGCGGAAAGUGUGCUUCUCUGGCACAGGUGAAUGAAUUGCGUGAACAACUUCGAACACAGGAAUUGUCACAGCUAGACCGUGUUUCCGACAUUCUAUGUCAGGCUGGAGUCCUUGCCCGACCUUCGUAUGGCACUUUGUACGCCUCGAAUGCAGAUGGUGUGUCUUUGGAAGCACAACGGUUGCUGCUUGAAACGCUUCAGAAUGGCUACACAUCGGUAAUCGGCAACAGCGUCGUGAAUCCUGGUUUGUGUCUUACACAAAUUACUCCGGACCAAGUUGUUUUGGGCGUUGUCCGCUCUUUUGCCCAGAUGAAGUCGAAUGUCUCUGUCGAGCGUUUAAUUGUCAUCGAUGAGGUUGGAGGCAUGCCGUGUCCUCGUCGGUCUCAUGGAUCAAGUCACGUUCUCAUCAACCUGGCCCAGGAAUACGUAAGCCUGUGGCCUACGCUGUCGCCGAAACAUGCUGAAAAUUUACAGCUCGUCAACAGCUGUUUAGAUCUCUUGCCCCACUCUGCUGCAGCCAUUGUCACAACUCCAGACGCCGCCGUAUUCAACGGCUCUACCCGGCAAUCACAUCCCAUCAUCCACAACAUUCUUACCGACCGGACUGUUUUCUCUUGUUCUCUUCCCGUUGACCGGUCGCCGGAAACGAAGACGACACUGCUUCGCAGAGGCACACCAAUCUACAUGUACCAUGGAACGGACUGUUUAACGAACGGUUCCGUGUCGUGGGAUCGCAUUUGGUAUCUACUGAACGACUCCUUCCAACGGGUGUUCGACAUGCCACGCUAUUUGGAGCGUAUUCGCCAUAACCUUGCACUUGUCAUCGUUGCCGGCGACUAUGAAGGUGUUGCAAUUAUUACUCUCGAGCAACCGCAGACGCCGGGUGCUGCUCCCGUUCCCUAUCUGGACAAGCUUGCCGUCUUGCAAAAGGUCCAGGGAACCUCUGCCAUUGCUGACUUUGUGUUUAAUGCCAUGUGUUCCGUAUUCUCGCAGGAAAUCGUGUGGCGGUCUCGUUUGGACAAUCCGGUGAACAAGUGGUACUUUGAGCGAAGUCGCGGUUCACUCCUUUCGCGUUCUACACCAUGGAGAUUGUUUUGGACAGGCUACAAGAGUGCCGACCAAAAGCGUAUCCAGGAGUAUUUGGAUGUGAUUGAUUCUAUUCAACCGACAUGGAUCAAGUGA